AUGAAUCGUCCGAAGCUUCUGCAGGUCUUGGUGUCCCCUCUGGCCAUCAAAGUCUUCGUGUUCAUCGUUCUACUAUUGACCGCUGUCCGAACCCUGAUGCUAUACAACGACACCACGACAACGACUCGAAUCGACCACGUCACCUCUUCCCACCCGCCGAACCACAGAGAACACCAUUGUCUACCGCCCACUCCCUCCGAUGUGCUGGCGCAGUUCGAGGCCCUCAAGUCGGCGUGCCCAAACCACCCGACACCCGAGGGGGCCGCCGUCCGCGUCACCACCGCGACGGCGCACUUCGGCAAGGUCGAGAAACACUACCAGGACGCGCUGCAGACGCACGUCAUGCACACGAUGCUCCACGGCCAGAAGCUCGAGGUCAUGUGCUCGCCGCUCGUCGACGACCUCUGGAACAAGCCGGCGUUCCUCCUGUCCAUGCUGCUGGACGAGAUGCUGAAGCCGCGCCGGGAGCGGGCGGAGUGGAUCUUCUGGGUCGACCGCGAUACCAUCAUCCUCGACCAGUGCCGGCCGGCUUCCAGCUUCCUGCCCCCGAGCCGGACCGAUGGCGCCGCCGCCACCAAUAACGGAGAGGGAGAGAAAGACGGCGGCGGGGGGAAGGCGCCGGACGACCAGGUGCAGCUCCUGGCCACCAAGGACUGGAACGGGCUGAACAACGGCGUCUUCCUGCUCCGGGUCGGGCAGUGGGCCGUCGAGCUCUUCAGCGCCGUCCUCGCCUUCCGGCACUACCGGCCGGACGUCGAGCUGCCGUUCACGGAGCAGAGCGCGAUGGGGUUCCUCAUCGGGGAGCCCGAGUUCGAGAGGGGCGUGCGGUUCGUGCCGCAGACGUGGUUCAACGCGUACCCGGGCGGCAACGCGAGCGCGUUCCUCGAGCGGGAGGACGAGGCCGGGCUGGCGGACUACCAGGCGCGGCGGGGGGACUUUUUGGUGCACUUCGCGGGCGUCGGGGGCCGGGGGGAGGCCAUGGGCGACUGGGUGGGCAUGCUGCAGAGGAACGGAAGCUCGCUGGCGGCCGAGACGUGGCGGACGCAGAGGAAUGCCUCGAGGGCGAUUAUGGAGUUUUGGGGAGAUUCAGCUUCGUGA